AUGACCGUCACGCCAGACCUCAUAGCAUCUCUGGUGCAGAAGCAAUAUGACGAGCUGCCCCUGAAGCGGAAGCCCGUCGUCCGCGACAAUGGCCUCCACGAAUGGGUGCCCCUGAGCGGCAUCGUAGCCCAAGGAAGAGACAACAAGCUAUACUGUCUAUCUCUAGCCACAGGCAUGAAAUGCCUCCCAUCCUCCAAGCUCUCGCAGGCCCAAGGCAACGUCCUGCACGACUGGCACGCAGAAGUGCUGGCUAUCCGGGCAUUCAACCGCUUCGUGCUGGACGAGUGCAAGUCGCUGGCCCAGAAUGACUCACAGUCCUCUGAGUUCUUGCGGCCGCGGACCAAGGAUGAGCUCAGCUCUAGUCCGAGAUCGGGUGAUGGCGAUGGCGAUGGUGUCUGGCACGGCCAGCCCUUCACGUGGAGGGAGGACGUGUUACUGCAUAUGUACUGCUCGGAAGCACCAUGCGGCGACGCAAGCAUGGAACUAACAAUGGCCUCCCAAGAAGACGCCACGCCCUGGGCCAUCCCCCCUCUCACCACCAUCACCACCCCCACCAACAACAGCACUUCCUCCCCAUCCCCUCUCCCAGCCCAAUCCAAACCCCAAGCGCCAGCGCCAGCGCUCCCCGGCCGCGCCUUCUUCUCCAACCUAGGAAUAAUCCGCCGCAAACCCUCCCGCCCGGACGCACCCCGGACGCUCUCCAAAUCCUGCUCCGACAAGCUCGCCCUGAAGCAGUGCACCUCCCUCCUCUCCGGUCCGACGUCCCUGCUCGUCGCGCCGGACAACUGCUACAUCCACACACUUGUCCUACCGGCGUCGCAGCACAGCCCGUCGGGGUGCCGGCGGGCGUUUUCGGGGGAGGGGCGGAUGGGGUCUCUGGGCGCGGCUAGCGAGGAGAAGUUAAAGUGGCAAGGCGGCUACAGCUUCCGCCCCUUCACCGUCGAGACCACAACACUAGAAUUUCGCUUCUCAAAGCGGGAGGUCGCAGCCCGGGCGCAAAAGACAACAGCCAGCAACCUAGCCGCAGCGUGGACGCGAACCGGCCUCGAGGAGGCAACGCUAGGCGGCGUCCUGCAGGGCCGCAAGCAAUUCGAUGCCAGGGGCGCGAGCUUCGCGUCCAGACGGCGGAUAUGGGCUCUCGCGGCCAAGGUGGCGGGCCUGCUGGGCGUGGGGGGCGUUGACGAGGUGCGGAGGGUGCUUGGUGCGGGGACCUAUGGCGAGGUCAAGGGUGCAGAACUCCUGCGUGCGAGGAGGAGGGUUAAGGAGGUGGUCACGCAGCAGGCUUUGAAGGGAUGGGUGCGGAAUUCUGGGGAUGAGGAUUUUACGCUGUAG